AUGAGAGGUGCAUCAAUGGUGGCCUCAACCGACGGUUCUUCUUCUUCUGGUUUAUGGACUCAAUGUAACGCUUUGUUCAGAAAGAAUUUGAACUUUCAGAGAAGGAAUGUCAAGACAAAUCUGAGGCUCAUAUUAUUCCCACUCGUCCUCUGUUUGCUACUUGUAUCACUACAAACAAUAGUCAACAUCGAACUAGAUAAAGCCUUCCUAAAAUGUGGUUGCACUUGUAUUGAUAAAGAUGGGGAUGGUGAAUGCGAGAGAGUGUGUGGGAUUGAAUACUCAGAUUUGGACCAAGUGGCUACGUGUUCCAUUCCUAGUCCACCUGAAUGGCCUCCAUUAUUACAAGUACCAGCUCCACAGUAUCGAGCAGUGAGAACUGAUCGUUUGCUUUCAUUUGGAGAUUUUCCUGAUGACUCCUGCACAAGUACACCUUCCAGCUGCCCUACAACUGUACUUAUGACUGGAAAUAACCAAUCUCUUGGAGAGAGUUUGGCUAGAAAUAUGUUCUCAAGUUCAUUCAAUUAUAACUCAUCCAAUGGCCUGGCUGAUGUUGUAUUGGGGACAACUGCUCACACUAAGAAAUCAAGCUUUCUUGAGCCAUCUUUCUUCUCGGGUUUUCCGGUCUACUAUCUUCAAUCUCAGUGCCGAGCCAACUCCACUUUUUCUAUUUCGGUCCCACUAGCAUCCACGAUAGUGGAGAAAGCUAGGAAUCAAGUUAGGAACCCGUUGAUGACACCUACUCAAGAUCUAACACCAAGACCCGAUGGCCCAAUUUUAUGUCACAUCAGCAUGUCUAAUGACUAUUUGCAGUUAGCGGUUCUAACAUCGGGAAGUGGUGCCCGAAAAAGUCCACUUUUUUUCUUGCAUAACCUCAAAAGUAAUCCCUCGAAAUCGUUCAGAAAUCCCUUGUCAUCAUUUAGGCUACCAAGUUUGCAAAGAAAGGGUUCAAAAGUAUAUAUAGAGCUGGAGAAACCUGAUAUUGUACAAGAGAAAGAAAGAGUCGAGUUGUCACUACUUGAACAAGACAAAAGCCAUGCUAUUGUAUGUGAUAACCUCAAAAAGGUGUAUCCUGGAAGGGAUGGAAACCCCGAGAAACUUGCAGUUAGAGGGUUGUCACUUGCAUUGUCCACAGGAGAGUGCUUUGGUAUGCUUGGUCCAAAUGGUGCUGGCAAAACCUCCUUCAUUAAUAUGAUGAUUGGGCUGGUUAAGCCAAGCUCUGGCACAGCAUAUGUUCGUGGCCUGGAUAUAAGAAGUGACAUGGAUGAGAUUUAUGCCAACAUGGGUGUAUGUCCUCAGCAUGACCUGCUGUGGGAAACCCUAACAGGGAGGGAGCAUCUUCUUUUUUAUGGAAGGCUUAAGAACCUUAAAGGUGCCGUCUUGACACAAGCGGUUGAAGAAUCUCUUAGAAGCAUGAAUUUAUUGAAUGGUGGGAUUGCAGACAAGCAAGUCGGGAAGUACAGUGGAGGCAUGAAGAGGAGGCUCAGUGUUGCCAUUUCAUUGAUUGGAGAUCCAAAGGUGGUGUACAUGGAUGAGCCCAGUACUGGGCUCGACCCAACUUCAAGAAAAAAUCUAUGGAAUGUGGUGAAACGGGCUAAACAAAAUUGCGCAAUUAUUCUCACCACACAUUCUAUGGAGGAAGCGGAGAAUCUAUGUGACCGCUUAGGGAUUUUUGUAGAUGGCAGGUUGCAGUGUGUCGGAAACCCUAAAGAGUUGAAGGGUAGAUAUGGAGGUUCAUACGUGUUUACAAUGACAACAUCUUCAAAUCAUGAGGCCGAUGUAGAAAACAUAGUAAAGGGUCUCUCGCCCUACGCUAAAAAGAUAUAUGACAUAUCAGGGACACAAAAGUUUGAGUUGCCAAAAGAAGCCAUCAAAAUAGCAGAUGUUUUUCGUGCUGUCGAAAAUGCUAAAAGCAGGUUCGUCGUUCAAGCAUGGGGAAUCACAGACACUACUCUAGAGGAUGUGUUCAUCAAAGUGGCUCGAGAGGCUCAACCAUUCGAUGUUCUCUCGUGA